AUGAAAGAAGUAGUUAAGUUUGCAAUAAAGAACGAUUUCACCAGCAUUCUGCUGGUGACUGAGGGCUCAAAUAAAAUGCCUAAUGGCUUAUUUAUAUGUUCCUUACCAGAGGGGCCUACUACAUUUUUUAAGCUGACAAGCAUUAAGUUCGCCUCUGAAAUGAAAGGCGGUGGAGUGCUCGUAGCAACAAAGCCGGAAAUAGUAUUGAAUUCAUUCAACACGAGGCUCGGUAGAAGAAUCGGAAGACAAAUCGCAUCACUAUUUAGUCUGGUAAGUGGACAGCAGAUAACAAAUGCGUAUCAGAGCCCGGAGUUUGAAGGGCGGAGAGUAAUCACAUUCCACAAUCAGAGGGACAUGAUCUUCUUCAGACAUCACAGAUACGUUUUCCGCAAUGAAAAAAAGUGCUCCCUAAAGGAGAUUGGACCCAGAUUUACCAUGAAAGUGUACUACGUACAAGACGGGCUCUUUGACCUGGACGGCGGACUCUACGAGUUCAUAUGGAGGCCUGAUUUGCAGGUCGAUCGCAAGCGUUUCUUCAUUUAA